UCCUCCCUCCUGCGCCAUGAUGUUUUCUCAGCGAAGGAGCAGCCAGUUAAACCUCCAAGGCUGCAGUCGGACACCGCUGUGAGGGGAGCUGCGAUGGAUGGACGUGUCCCUCUCUUUACGUCCUACAUAUUUGACUUCAGUCUGACAGGAAUGCGCCCUCUAAUCUGAAAGAUUUCACCCCCAAACCAAGCCCGUCUCAGUGGCCGCACAGCAACCAGCGCCUCCGCGCGUCUCCUGCCUCAGGAAUGUUCUCAAAAAAGCCUCAUGGAGACGUCAAAAAAUCAACACAGAAAGUGUUGGACCCAAAGAAGGACGUGUUGACGAGGCUCAAACACCUCAGAAUAGUCAUAGAAAACUCUGAAGCUCUAGAUCUGAAGCAGUUCUUUGAUAUGUACUAUUCCCACAUCUACUAUGUCUUCUUUGAAAAUUUUGUCACCAUUGAGGUCAGCCUCAAGCAAAAAGGUCACAAGUCUCAGAGGGAGGAGCUGGACUCAAUCCUCUUCAUCUUUGAGAAAAUUCUCCAGCUUCUGCCAGAAAGGAUCCAGAACCGGUGGCAGUUCCACAGCAUUGGGCUUAUCCUCAAGAAGCUGUUGCAUACUGGGAACUCUCUGAAGAUCCGCCGUGAGGGCGUGCGCCUCUUCUUGUUGUGGAUGCAGGCGCUGCAGAAUAAUGCAGAGCGUGAGCAGCUCUGCAUGUUUGCUUGUCUGAUUCCUGGUUUCCCAGCUCCACUCUGUCAUGGGACGCCACGCACCCUGGACACUUUGAUCAACCCACCACUGACUUUGACAGAGACUCAGGUAACACCAGAAGAGAUUACACCAUUGGUCGCUCCACAGUCAGGUGACAAGAACCAGGAAGAUCUCACUGGUUACUUUCUCGAAGCUCUGCUGAAAUACAUGGUAAACCAGGCGAAAUCUCUUGAGUGGCGUUGUAAAGAGAACCAUGAACGAGGCUUCAGCUUCCUCUUCGGUCACUUCAGGAAGUUUUACCUUCCUCACAUAUUCCCCAACUUUGGCACGGAAACCAGCCUCUACAGCCCCAUGUUGGAUGUGCCCCCAAUGCGUCCGAAGCCAUACUACAGCGUAGUGCGGAGAGAACAGGAGAAUGGUGAAACUGUGUACUGUACCAAGGAGAGUUUCCUUCAGGCCCGCGUCAUCUUUAUCCGCUGGCUGGUUUCCUUCUGGCUGGAGCCAAGGCCCAACACACAAACACAUAUCCCAGGGACAGAAGGAGAAAAUGUCCCAAAGAACAUACAGCGAGCUGCAGCUGGACUGGUUGCUCGUUCUGCAGGCAGCUCUGAAGACAGCGGCGGAGGAGGGAUGCGCUCUGACAGCCACUUGGACGGGAGCGGGAGCUCGUUGGGGCCGGCAGGAGGAAGCAUGGGGAUCGGUGGAAGUCCAGGGAUCGUGGGGGAAGUCGAACAGAGCCACUCCAACACAUCCACCUUGACAGAGAGAGAGCCCAGCUCCUCGUCGCUGUGCUCCAUGGAUGAAGAGCAGCUGACAGACAUGGAGGUGGUGAGGAGGGUACUGACCAGCUCCAGAACCAACGUCAACUUCAUCACAGAGAUCUUUAGACAGGCCUUUCUUCUUCCCAUGUGUGAGGCAGCUGCUAUGCGUAAAGUGGUCCGUGUUUACCAAGAGUGGAUUUCUAUGGAGGAUAAGCCGGUUUUUAUGAAGGAGCCGGAGGAAGGCCCCUAUCCUAUACCUGCUGCCACCAGUCUGGACUCUGGCUCCCAGCUUGGAGACAAAGAAGAUGAGGAAAUGAACAAAGAGAUUGACAAAGAAUUGUUGGAGUACAGUGUUCAUGCUGGAGUUCAGACAACUCUACAGGUAUUCAUCACGUACUCCUCUAAUGUUUUCCUCCUGGAGCCCGCCAACGACAUCAAGAUCCUUUUGGAGGAGCAUGUCGACAUGUGCAAGCGAGUCCUGAACAUCUAUCGCAGCCUAGUCAUGCAUGAAACCAUGGACCAAAAAACAUGGGAGCAGAUCUUACUGGUUCUGCUGAGGGUGACAGAAUCUGUGAUGAAACGACCACCGUCCAUCAUGCCUCAGGGCAAGAAGAACAACACGCUGUCAGGCAGACUCGCUGGACCUAUCUUUCAGACACUGAUAGUAGCCUGGAUUAAGGCAAACCUGAAUGUCUAUAUAAGCAGAGAGUUGUGGGACGACCUCCUAAACGUCCUCUCCUCCCUGACCUUCUGGGAAGAGCUCGUCACUGAGUGGUCACUCACCAUGGAGACCCUCACAAAGGUGUUGGCAAGGAACCUUUACAGCGUUGACCUGAAUGAACUGCCAUUGGACAAACUCAGUGAACAAAAACAGAAGAAACAUAAAGGAAAAGCCUUCGGUUCAGAGGGCCAGCGGCAGAUUGUGGAUCGUUCCUUCUCAAAAGGCUGGAGCAGAGACCAGCCAGGUCAGGCAGCAGCCAUGAGGCAGCGAAGCGCCACCACUGCCGGCUCACCAGGCAUCGAGAAAGCCCGGUGUAUGGUGCGCCAGAAGACUGUAGCCCUGCGUAGCUGUUCUACGGGGGACUCUCUGCUGUCCUCAGCCUUUAUCCGCAGUGCUAAGAGUGCUCCUGCUCUGGCUCCGCCUCUUCCUGUCCUCCUUCACCACCACCACCCUUUUCUGCCCCCCCUUGCCGACCAUCUGGCAGACCUCGAGGACCCCCCCAUCCUGACGUCCCGCAGCUCUCGAAUGCGCCACUCGUCCCAGAGCGACGAGGCCCCUCCCACCUCCUGUUCUGAGGUGUUUCAGGGCGGGUCCUGCGACCUGGAAGCCCCAUCCUCCCUUGCAAGAAGCAGCAGCGCCUCCGACGUCAUGGAGCCUUUCAUCGCAGAGCGGGUCAAAGGUGAAGACUCUCAGAGGGACCCAGUUUCAAUCCCUAAUCCCCCCGAUCACCUCUCCACAGCUACUUCCUUACUUGCAGCCAACAGCCACACAGCUCAACCCAUCUCACAACCCCUCACCUCCUCUUCUCCCACCCCUUUUACCUUCUCCAAUGGUUUUCAAUCCUCGUCCUUAGAGGCACAAGAUGAUGGUAGUGUUUGUGACCAAUCCUGGAACCAGAUCGGCUCUCAAAGAUGUGGUUCUAGUUCUGAUUGGGUCAGCGGUUGGGACUCCGCCUUCGCCAUCUCAUCCGAAAAGGAAAUUGAUGCAGAAGAAGGGGUAACUGGGACUGAGGCGGAGGAAGAUGAUUUAUUCUCCUCCAUUAGGGAUUAUCUCACUCACAAAGGAGGUGAAAGGAAGGAGGAGGCUGGAGAGAGGGAAGGUCGUACCGACGCAGCUGAAAAUAGUGUCGUUGUACCUGCGCUGGUGCAAACUGGGGUAGCUAGGUCCCAAGUAGAACAUACAGGACAGCCGGGGGAAGUGAAGCAGGUGGUAAGGGAGAACAGGGAGGUAAGUAAGUCAGUGAGACACUCCAGUGUGGACUCCACAGAGGAGAAUGAGGCAGAGCAACGGAGUAUCUAUGAGUGUCUCGAGAUGCAGUGUCAAUGGCCGUCUCCCAACGUUAAGGGAAGCACUACCUUGGAAAGAAUUACUGGGGAGAAAAAAGGAACAAGUACUGGAACAGGAUUAGAAGGAAAGUUUGACAUGUGGAGUCAAAUAAGAGAAGAGAAAAAAGCUGCUGUAGAAGUGAUUGAUAAGUCCAGUUUGAUUAGACAGGAUGCAGUGGAAUCUAGCACUGAAUCAAACCCUCAAGCCUCGGACUCUGCUAAAGCAAAAAUGUCCCGUAUUAGUGGCAAGAAACACCAGUCUGGGAGUGUUCACGUUAGCUUCCGGCCCUCGACCGAGUCUGUCCAGUUCCACAACCCUCUGGAGAAUAAGGAAGCCCACUGGAGAGCAAGGCUCCGUCGACUCAGUCACUUCCACACCCACAGUCACUCGGCUGGGGAGAGGACAGGGGCGGGGACCGGCGUAGGGUCAGGGGGCAAGCUGGGGGCAGGAGCUGCAGGUAAGUUUGGCUCUGUGGCCGGAAUUGGCCACAGAAUAGGGACACAUGAGAAGUUAUCAGGAGCUGUCACGAAUAGCAGUGGAGCAGGGGCCUUAACGGGCGCCGGAGGCCUGGAAAGCAGAGCUGGAACUGCAGGGGACAAGGGAAAGCAACACUCUGGCUCUUGUACGGGAGGCAGCCUUAACCCCGAGGCUCACUCCGAGGUAUUAUUGAGUAGCUCAGGUUUCUCAGGCAUAUCCUCCGGAGUGCGCGGACGUUUGGGACGGUCAGCCUUGCGAUCUCGAGCCUCCCGCUCGCGCUCCCAGGAGCCCGGCAGCACUACCUCACGACACCACCAGGGGGCUCUUCUUGGCGGCGUCUACAAGACCGUUGUCCACGCUCUGUCCUCAAAACCUCGGCCCAGAGGUCAGGGGUCGUCCCAGGGUUCAUCGCCGCAGCGGCAGGGCCGGGCCGCCAUGGGUGACGCAUCGCUAAAGGAUCUCUACUCCCAUGUCCUGGGCUACUUUGGACGAAAGGCGACUGCGCCAGCCACCAAAGAAGAGGUGGUCCCGAAGGCCCGCCCAGUCUCCACUGAUGUAGGAAGCAGCAACCCCAACUUCUCUGACCUCAUGGACGAGUUCAUCCAGGAGAGGCUGAGGGCCAAAGGGACAGCGGGUCGUCGUGGCAGCAGUCCAGGAAGUCUGGAGGUUCCCAGAGACCUGCCAGAGCUUCUGGAGGGGGAUCAGAGUCCGGCGUCCAGAGCUCUUGAUGACCUUCGGCCUAUCGAUGAUCCAGGGGUUCCCUCUGAGUGGACAUCGCCUGCAAGUGCCAGCGGUUCUGAUGUCAUCAGCUCGGACAGCCAGUCGGACUCUUUUAAUGCCUUUCAGUACUCCACAUGCAAAUUUGAGAACUUUACCUUUAGUUCCGACUCCUGUGGAGGAGGUGCUGGAUCUGGAGGCGGUGCAGGAGGAGGGGGUGGAGGCGGCGGCAGAGAAGGCUCAUUGGACCAGGACAGCCUGAGUGGAGGCGUGGCUUCUGAAGAACAUGAAGUAGCUAGUCUAACAACGCUUCACAUCGACUCGGAGACCAGCAGCCUCAGCCACACUGUCACUAUUACUGGUUCUGAGAGUGCAUCACCCAUGCAUUCCCUCGGGGGCUCUCGUUCCCAAACGCCGUCCCCCGCCACACUGACUGCAGAACACGCUGAUCACAAACACUCCCAUUCACACACACACUUGCAGCUGGACCAGAAACUCCACAACUCUGUCCUGCAGACACCUGAUGACCUGGAAACAAGUGAGUUCCCCAGCGAGGACUGCAGUGUGAUGGCAGGCGGCUCUCUGACUGGAUGGCAUGCGGAUGUUGCCACAGUAAUGUGGCGCAGGAUGCUGGGUAUCCUGGGGGAUGUUAACACCAUCAAGGACCCAGAAAUUCAUGCUCAGGUCUUUGACUAUUUGUGCGAACUAUGGCAAAACCUGGCCAAGAUCAGGGAUAAUUUGGGCAUUUCCCUUGAUAACCAGUCGUCUCCCCCACCUCCUGUUUUAAUCCCUCCGCUCAGAAUCCUCACUCCUUGGCUCUUCAAGGCCACCAUGUUGUCAGAGCGUUACAAACAGGGCAAGCUUCAUGCCUACAAGCUUAUCUGCAGGAUCAUGAAGAGACGACAAGAUGUUUCCCCAAACACAGACUUUCUCACACAUUUCUACAACAUCAUGCACCAAGGGCUGCUGCAUCAAGACCAGGACAUUGUGAACACCAUCAUCAAACACUGCAGUCCCAGGUUCCUCAGUAUUGGUCUGCCUGGAGCCACCAUGCUGGUUCUGGACUUUAUCAUUGCAGCAUCUAGAGUUACGGUGUGCUCAUCGCUCAAUGCUCCGAGAGUGGAGGCCCAGAUCCUUCUAGGGUCUUUGGUCUGUUUCCCCAACUUGUAUGGGGAGAUCCCUGCUCUUCACCCAACCACAGCCGACGUGGUGCUCACCAAGUUUCCAGAUGUCAAGGAGCACAUUAUAAAAACCAUUCUGACUUCUGCCAGGGAUGAACCCUCUGCUCCCGCAAGGUGUGUUGCACUGUGCAGUCUGGGUAUCUGGCUGUGUGAGGAGCUGGCUUACGGGACUCAACAUCCGGAGAUUAAAGAAGCUCUUAAUGUCAUCUGUGUUACCCUGAAAUAUCCCAACAAGAAUGUAGCCCUGGUGGCAUCAGACAUCCUUCACCUCCUGAUCAGUUAUGUGGAUCAUCUCCAGAAAUUUCCUCCUGACACUCCAAAGAAGAUUGUUGAGGUUCUGAUUGCCACCAUCACACAUUUGCUGCCGAGCACUGAAUCCUCCCCUCAUGAACUAGAUAAGAGGCUUGUCGUUUCCCUGCUGCUGUGUCUGCUGGACUGGGUGAUGGCUCUGCCCCCCAAGACUCUGCUGCAGCCUGUACAAACACCAAGCCCCUCUGAGAAGGAGCAGCCUACCAAGUCGCUACUCAGCUGUAUCUACAAGGUGCUACAUGGCUGUGUGUAUGGAGCGCAGUCCUUCAGCAGUCCCAAGUAUUUCCCGCUGCAGCUUUCAGACCUGUCCAGUCCAGGUUAUGACCCGUUCUUACCAUUAGAGAGCCUCAGAGAACCAGAACCUCUGCACAGCCCGGAUUCCGAGCGCUCCAGCAAACUGCAGCCUGUCACUGAAGUCCGAAGCCGAAUUCAACAAGGUCUGGUUUCUAUAGCAGCCAGAACAGUUAUUACCCACCUGGUCAACCAUUUAGGACAUUACCCUAUGACUGGCGGACCUGCCACUCUGUCUAGUCAGGUAUGUGAAAACCAAGACAACCCAUUCUGUGAGAGUUCAGAUCUCGGGCCAGAACUGUUCCACUCACCCAACCUCCAGUUUCUGGUUCUGAACGGCUCCACGCUGCUCUCAGUGCUGCAGAUCCGGUCAGAGUCUGGUGUACCAGGAGGUGGAAUGACAGCUGGGUUGUCCUCUGCUCCUGCUUCUGUUCGUGUCAUUAUCCGAGAUGUGGCUGGAAAACACUCCUGGGACUCGGCCGUCCUCUACGGGCCUCCGUCGAGUUCCCCAAGCAGCCCAGCACACACUCAGUCACCUCAUCUUCAUCUACGCACCCCUACAGGAGGUCUACAGAGAAAGAUGGAGGGAAAAAGAGAGGAUAGGGAGGGGGAGGGCCAAGAGGAAAGGGGGACAGAGGAGGGAGCAAGAGGGAUGGAAGCUGACAUGCAAGAGCUUCAGGAAGAAGGGGAGGAGGAAAUGGAGGAGAUGAAAGCCAGUGAGGAGGACAAGGAAGAGCAACGAGGUGAUGGGGAUGGUGGGGCAGCUGAGGAAGGAGGGGAAGAAGAAGAGGAGGCAAGGACUGAGAGUCAAAUGGAUGGAGAGCUGAGCUCAGAGCAGCUCCUAACUCCACCACUGGCUAAGCGCGUGUGUCUGGAGGCGGUGCCAACAUGGGAGUCGCUGAUGGAAGGAGAUGAUUCUCUGGAUGAAAUGCUGCAGUACCUGGGAUACUCCAGCCCCGAGUGUCUGCAGAGAGCAGGGAUGCCCCUCAACAUCCCAGCCGCUCCGCCAACGUGUGUUUCAGAGAAGCAGGAGAAUGAUGUGAUCAACGCCAUCCUGAAACAGAGCGCCGCUGAGCGGGAGUUUGUGCUUCAUAGAGGUGAGGGGCUGAACAUGAGAGCAGUUCAGCAAACUGAACCAGAGACUCAGACGCCACAGUCGGCCUUCUACUACUGCAGACUGCUGAUAAACAUCCUGGGACUGAACUCCUGGGAGAAGAGAAGUAACUUUCAUUUGCUGAAGAAGAACGAGAAGCUACUGAGAGAGCUGAAGAACCUGGACUCACGGCAGUGCCGUGAGACCCAUAAAAUUGCAGUAUUUUACGUUGCUGAAGGUCAAGAAGAUAAACACUCCAUACUAACAAACACAACCGGCAGCAAAGCUUAUGAAGACUUUGUCUCAGGACUCGGCUGGGAGGUGGACCUCACCACUCACUGUGGGUUCAUGGGAGGCCUUCAGAGAAAUCGCAGUACGGGCCAGACCACACCUUACUAUGCCACUUCCACCACCGAAGUCGUCUACCACGUCUCCACUCGCAUGCCCCAUGACCAGGACCACAACCUCACCAAGAAGCUCCGACACCUGGGUAACGACGAAGUCCACAUCAUUUGGUCAGAACAUUCCAGGGACUACCGCCGAGGGAUCAUCCCCACUGAAUUUGGGGAUGUGUUAAUCAUCAUCUACCCCAUGAAGAACCAUAUGUAUUCCAUUCAUAUACUCAAGAAACCAGAGGUGCCGUUCUUCGGCCCGUUGUUUGACGGUGCCAUAGUGGACAUGAAGAUUUUGCCCACCAUGGUUAGAGCCACGGCUAUCAACGCAAGCCGAGCUCUGAAAUCCCUCAUUCCUCUGUACCAGAACUUCUAUGAAGAGCGAGCCCGAUACCUGGAAACCAUCGUGCAGCACCACCAGGAGCCGACUACGUUUGAGGAUUACGCGGCUCGAGUCUACAGUCCUGCUCCCUGCACUCACCUGCCCUCGGACACAAGCUCCUGCCUAGAGAUUCUUCGGGGAGAAAGUCCGGCUCUUGGGGAGGCCGGGAGCGACUCGGCGUCCCCCAUGUCACCUCGGACUAGCAAGAGCCGCAUGUCCAUGAAGCUGCGACGCUCCUCUGGAUCUGCCAAUAAGAACUGAACUCUCCCCGUUAGCGCAGACGAAGCUUUCCGUCCCCCUUGGAAACAUGGCACAUACACGUGCCAGAAUAACUGAAAUGAACUAUUCCAAGAAAUAGAAGCAAUUACAAAUAGAUGUUUUCCACAGGAAACAUUAUGAUUGGUUUUCUUUUACCUGAACAUAACCAUUAAUGGUGUUGAUACACUUCUUCUCAUCCCAGUUUCUUAUGCCUUUUCUGUUCAGAACACUCCCACAUAUUGUUAUAGUCUUGAAUAUACAUGAGAUCAUAUUCUGCUGUAUGUAUCUGCUGCUUUGCUUAGAAAAACAAAGUCAUAUCAGUAAGCAGCAUGCUGGGAUUUGAAAAAGUAGAAAAAGUUGAAUCCGUGUAUCCAAAGCAGCGCAGUAUCAGUUCAUAACAUUGUGUGCCAUGUUAGAAAAGUGCAUAAAUGCCAGUGUACCCAGGACUGCAAAGAGCCCAAGUGUGCCACAUUACACACUGCUCUGCAUACGGUUUUAGAAAGGAAGGUCAGUGAAAUGAAACCACAGAACAAAUAUGUGUGUGGUGUUGAACGUUGCUGUGGGGGAAUCUGUAUUUUUGUAUCAAAGUUAGUUUGUAUGUACGGACAGAAGGAGGAGUUUUGAUAUGAGAAGCAACAGGAGUAGUGGCUGGAAAGUGUUGCAUGAAAAAAGUAAGAUGAAAGUAUUUUUGUUUCCACGCAGCGCCGGUCUUUCAUAAUAGAUAAAGGCAGGGUUGCUUCUGGUCUGAGUUCAAGAAAUGUAAAUAUAAGUCAGUUUAAUUAAAAGACAUGUAUUUAUGGAUCUUCUCAAGCAUCAUACUCAAGCCAAAAAAGUAUGUUUGAAUCCAAAGGAUUGCCAGCCUGAACCUCCAGGACUGAAAUGAGCUGACUCCUCCUGGAGUGAUGCAAGGUACAGUGUUAUGAGGACGAAGGUGGUGUUCAUCUUUCACAAAGGAGAAUAAAACACUCUUGAACAUAAAAAAGACAGAAAGAUCAAAGAGGAAGCACUUGAUACAUAGUGGUUUGUUUUUCUUUUUCUUUGUUUUUAGUUCAUGUUGUAAAAUGUGGACAAGCACUGAUGUUUAUUGCAUUUAUUAUCCUUUUGCUUUGUUUUGACUGUACAUUUUACUUUCAAUUUCACUCAAAUAAGAAUGUUAUAUGCUGUAUUUUUUUCACUCGGUCAUCUGAGAAGCAAAGCCAGUUUUUCGUAGGUCACUUUUCAUUUUCAUAUACAGUUCGUGUUAGGAUGGGAGGAAGACCGGGGCUGGUGGGAAUGUCGCUGUGUGUUGCAUUUUGCAUUUAAAAAUUCUAAUGUGAGAGUUCUCCAUAUUUCAGUAUUUUACUUAUUGUUCAAUUCCUCCAAUGUUUUUCUGGUGGAGGUGGUUUCAGGAAGGAAACUGUGGAGUAGAGAUGUCAACAAAAACAGAUACUGCAGAUCAUAAAGAAAAAAAAUGAAGCAGUUGUUGGUUAAUAAUCACUUAAAAAAUGAAUAUCAAAAGAAAACAGCAUGCAGUCACAAUGUAUUUAACAUUAGUUCUGCACUACAACACUUCUGUAAAAAUAAAACAUGUAAAAAAAAAAGAAA